UUUUGCGAGCAUUAGAAAAAAUUGAGAUGUCUGCUACUCCAGUCACUCUGAAAGCUGUACAAAGUGAAGUAUCUGCCCAAACUGCGAAGUCAUCGGAGGCAGAAGUAAAGCGAUGCGAGGAUCUUAUCCUGUCUUACUCGAGGCAACUUGCUAAGGAAAAGGAUAUUACUGGAAUCCGAACACUCGUCGAAUCCAUUCGUAGCUUCUACGAUCUUGUUGGAAAAGCUCGAGCAAGUAAAUUGAUAAGAGAUAUCGUGGAACAUGCGCUUACGAUUGAUCAAGGAGUCGGGCCUGCGCUUGAUCAUGGAAAGAAAGAGAAGAUCGAUCUCUUGACGAACUGCAUCGGCUGGGCGACGUCCAACAAGAGGGAAUUUCUCCGUCGGAGUCUUCAAGCCCGUCUCAUUCGUCUCUACAACGAUAUCCGUGACUUUACGAACGCUCAAAAGCUGGCUCAAGACCUUUCAAAAGAGCUCAAAAAGCUUGAGGACCGUGAAUUGCUAAUUGAAGUUUCUGUCGAAGAAAGCAAGAGCUCGUUCAAUCUCAAUAACUUGGCGAAGGCAAAGACUGCACUUCUGACUGCCAAGACUAACACCAAUUCGGCGUUUGCUUCUCCGCAACUACAAGCCUCAGUCGAUAUGCAAUCUGGCGUAUUGUAUUCUGCCGAGGAGAGAGACUACAAAACAUCGUUCUCCUAUUUCUACGAAGCUUUUGAAGGAUUCGCAAGCAUUGGUGACAAGAUUAAUGCAACUUCAGCAUUGAAGUACAUGAUUCUUUGCAAGAUCAUGCUCAACGAAACUGAGCAGUUGGCAGGACUGUUGGCUGCAAAGGAAAUCGUGGCCUACCAGAAGAGCCCACGCAUUAUUGCGAUUCGCUCAAUGGCUGACGCAUUCCGCAAAAGAAGUUUGAAAGAUUUCGUGAAAGCUCUGGCGGAGCACAAAAUCGAGCUAGUCGAGGAUAAAGUUGUUGCUGUGCACUCGCAGAAUUUGGAGCGUAAUAUGCUUGAGAAGGAAAUCUCGCGUGUCAUUGAGCCAUACUCGGAAAUUGAACUUUCCUACAUCGCGAGAGUCAUCGGAAUGACAGUUCCACCCGUCGAGAGAGCUAUUGCGAGAAUGAUUUUAGAUAAGAAGUUGAUGGGAAGCAUCGAUCAACAUGGAGAUACUGUCGUAGUUUAUCCAAAAGCCGAUGCGGCAAAUCAGUUCACAAGAUCACUCAAAACAAUUCGUGAGCUCACGAAGACCGUCGAUGUCUCCUAUUCUCGAACCAAGCAUUUCAAAUGAUUCCUCCCUCAUUAGCAUCGAUUUAUAAAUUUUUUCGGUUUUAUUUAUUUAUUUUGGUUCAAAUAUUCAAUUAUUCUAGAAGAUUAAAUCUGAUUUUAAAAUCUGGUUAUCGUAUACAGUAUCGUAGCUAAAUAAUAUCUUGUGUGUCUUUAUUGUCGAUUUCUCAUCCAAAAUGUUUAUUAAAAAUCACAAUUGUUUUGCAAUCCCCAUCAUUUCAUUUGCUCGAGCAUCGAUCAUUUUUGAUAAGAUAGUAACACAUAUAAAACCCUUUCCCUUUGGU